GGCUUCCGACACAUCCUCUCCAUGGCUACCGACACACAUCCUCUCCAUGGCUACCCUCUCCAUGGCUACCGACACACAUCCUCUCCAUGGCUACCCUCUCCAUGGCUACCCUCUCCAUGGCUACCCUCUCCAUGGCUACCGACACACAUGCUCUCCAUGGCUACCGACACACAUUCUCUCCAUGGCUACCCUCUCCAUGGCUACCGACACAUCCUCUCCAUGGCUACCGACACACAUCCUCUCCAUGGCUACCCUCUCCAUGGCUACCGACACACAUCCUCUCCAUGGCUACCCUCUCCAUGGCUACCCUCUCCAUGGCUACCGACACACAUCCUCUCCAUGGCUACCCUCUCCAUGGCUACCGACACACAUCGUCUCCAUGGCUACCGACACACAUUCUCUCCAUGGAUGGCUACCGCCACACAUCCUCUCCAUGGCUACAGAUACAUAUCCUCUCCAUGGAUGGCUACCUACACAUGUCCCUCUCCAUGGAUGGCUACCUACACUCGUCCUCUCCAUGGCUACCGACACAAGGAAAGAAAGGAAGGAGGGAACUCUGAAACUGAACCCACCAACCGCUUUAUGAUGGAGGAGGAGGAGAAAACAAUAACGGACACUAAAUAUGGAGAACGGGGAGCAGACGGGAAUAAAUCCUCCAUCUGAUUGUUGUCAGAUUUCCACUGCACUUCCAACCUGCGAUAGUUUCAGUCUGACCGUUCCCUCCUUUUACUGCAGCAGAUCUAAAGGAUCGGUGCUUGUUGAGGAAAGCAGCUCCUGAUGGAGAUGCACCGAUCAUUGCUGAUGUAAACUCUGGAUCCGUUAUCAGUG